AUGCUAUUCAAACAGCAGGCGUGGCUGAGACAGAAGCUCCUGGUGCUGGGAAUCCUUGCCGUUGGGAGUCUGCUGUAUCUAGUCGCCAGAGUUGGGAGCUUGGAUAGGCUACAGCCCAUUUGCCCCAUCGAAGGCCGAUUUGGAGCCCGCGGCCAGGCCGAAUUCCCUCUCCGCGCCCUGCAGUUUAAACGUGGCCUGCUGCACGAGUUCCGGAAGGGCAACAUUUCCAAGGAUCAGGUUCACCUUCAUGACCUGGUCCAGCAGCUCCCCAAGGCCAUUAUCAUUGGGGUGAGGAAAGGGGGCACCAGGGCCCUGCUUGAGAUGCUGAACCUCCAUCCAGCUGUGGUCAAAGCCUCUCAAGAAAUCCACUUUUUUGACAAUGAUGAGAAUUAUGCCAAGGGCAUUGAGUGGUACAGGAAAAAGAUGCCUUUUUCUUACCCACAGCAAAUCACAAUUGAAAAGAGCCCAGCAUAUUUUAUCACGGAGGAGGUUCCGGAAAGGAUUUACAAGAUGAACUCAUCCAUCAAGUUGUUGAUCAUUGUCAGGGAGCCAACCACAAGAGCUAUUUCUGAUUACACUCAGGUGCUAGAGGGGAAGGAGAGGAAGAAUAAAACUUACUACAAGUUUGAGAAGCUGGCAAUAGACCCUAAUACCUGUGAAGUGAACACAAAAUACAAGGCAGUAAGAACCAGCAUCUACACCAAACAUCUGGAAAGGUGGUUAAAAUACUUUCCGAUUGAGCAAUUUCACAUUGUCGAUGGAGAUCGCCUCAUCACGGAACCUCUGCCAGAACUUCAGCUCGUGGAGAAGUUCCUAAAUCUUCCCCCUAGGAUAAGUCAGUACAAUUUAUAUUUCAAUGCUACCAGAGGGUUUUACUGCUUGCGAUUUAACAUUAUCUUUAAUAAGUGCCUGGCGGGCAGCAAGGGGCGCAUUCAUCCAGAGGUGGACCCCUCUGUCAUUACCAAAUUGCGCAAAUUUUUUCACCCUUUCAAUCAAAAAUUUUACCAGAUCACUGGGAGGACAUUGAACUGGCCCUAA